AUGUUCCUCCAGCGUACCGCCGCUACCCUCGCGAGGCGCUCGCCCGCCCGCGCUUUCACCCUGGCUCAGCGCCCCUUCUCCUCGUCCAUCGUGCGCAGCAACGAGAAGAAGUGGGCUCCCAAGGACGAGGGCAAGGUCAUUUCCUUCGACGAGAUCAAGUCCGAGGAUGACCUGAUCCCUCCCGGUGCCAAGCCCGGUACCAUCCCUACCGACUACAUCCAGGCCACCGGUCUCGAGCGUCUCGAGCUUAUCGGAAAGAUGCAGGGCAUCGACAUCUUCGACAUGCGUCCCCUUGAUGCCUCCCGCAAGGGAACCCUCGACAACCCCAUCAUGGUCAACGGUGCCGGUGAUGAGCAGUACGCCGGCUGUACUGGCUACCCCGUAGACUCUCACCAGGUUAACUGGCUCACCGUCUCCCGCGAGCGCCCCAUCGAGCGCUGCAACGAGUGUGGCAACGUCGUCAAGCUGAACUACAUCGGACCCGAGGAGGACCCCCACGCCCACGACCACGGCCACGGUCACCACCCCCCUCACGAGGAGCCCAAGACCUUCGCCGACUACGUCAAGCCCGAUUACUGGUACCGGUAA